AUGUCAUAUAACAAUGAUGGUUAUUACCAACCACCUUACUCGUCAGUAUCUUCAAUGCCAACACCAACUCGUACUCCACCACCGAUAGCUGGUGCACCAACAAACCCUUCAACAGCUAUAUUUAAUGCUAUAUUACAUGACAAUGUAGGAUUAAUUAAAUCAAUUUUGAAUCAAACAAAUUAUGAUCUUAAUAAUCUUAGGAACAAAGAUGGAAAAACUCCUCUUAUGGUGGCUGCCUGUAAAAACUGUCCGCUUGUUACUAUGUUUCUAUGUAAUCUAAACAAUUUAAAAAUUGAUUUGCAAAACAAUGAUGGUGAUUCAGCAUUGCACCAAGCUUCUGCUGCGGGAAAUGUUGAAAUCGUUGAAAUAUUGAUUAAUGCAAACGCGCGUGUCGAUUUGCGUAAUAAUGAAAAUAUCACUCCGCUUAUUAUCGCCUCUUAUAAUGGUCACUCCGACGUUUGUCAAACUCUUAUUGAUCUCGGUAAUGCAAAUGUAAAUUUCCAAGAUAAAUCACGUAAAUCAGCCUUAUCCUUGGCAGCUUAUGAAGGACACAUGGAAGUUAUCAAAAUUUUGUUGUCUCGAGGGGCCAAUACCAACAUUAUAGAUGAGUAUGGUUGGACACCUUUAAUGCUUGCGGCGUUUUCAGGUCAUUCAAAUGUGUGUCAUUUAUUGUUGGAAAAUAAUGCUAACAAGCAUAUUACUGCAAAAAAUGGUAAAACUGCUGUUGCUCUUGCACGAGAAGCUGGUCAUCAUGGUACUGCGGAUUUUAUAGAAAAUUAUGUUCCUGGUGUCCCUCCAUCUCUACCAAAUAGAAUCCAAGCUCCUCCAUCAAAUAUUAUUCCAAAGAGUCCAUCUGAUCCGGUACCAUAUUCUGCUCCGUAUGCAAAGAGUGAUUACCUCCAUAUUCCAAUACCAAGUGUGGAAGAUCCUUAUUCAUCACCAAAGGGAUUUAUGAUGCCACUUGAACGCAGAGAUACUAGAAGAUCACUUCAUCCUAAAAAUUCUAGUCGUCACAAAGCCCUAUAUGUUAAUGUAGACGUAAAUUCUACUGGAAAUAAAGUGCCGCAUAUCACCACAGCACCUCAUGUAAGAAAAGACAUGGCUCCUAGAGAUAAGGAAACUUUAUGG